CAGCUCGUUCCCUACCAUUCGGAGCAGCUUUCGAUUCUACUGAAAGAAAACUACAACAAGAAAGAAGUGACCAUGUCUGGAAGAGGCAAAACCGGAGCUAAGGCCCGCGCUAAGGCGAAGACCCGCAGCUCUCGUGCCGGUCUGCAAUUCCCUGUCGGCCGUGUUCACCGUCUGCUACGCAAGGGUAACUACGCCGAGAGAGUGGGUGCCGGAGCCCCGGUGUACCUUGCCGCCGUUCUCGAGUACCUCACCGCUGAGAUCUUGGAGCUGGCUGGUAACGCUGCCAGAGACAACAAGAAGACCCGUAUCAUUCCCCGGCACCUUCAGCUGGCCGUUCGUAACGACGAAGAACUGAACAAGCUGCUCGGCGGCGUGACCAUCGCUCAGGGCGGCGUCCUGCCCAACAUUCAGGCCGUGUUGCUGCCAAAAAAGACCGGCCAGUCCGCUCCGAGCACCGGCAAAGCGGGAAAGAAGGCCUCCUCUCAGUCUCAAGAGUACUAGCUAGCUGGCUAAUGACUCCAAAACCAAAGGCCCUUUUAAGGGCCACCCACCACCUCAUAAGAGCAACUUUUCAGUUUGCAUUACUCUUUCCUUGCACUAUUUUCUUUUGUCUAUUUAAUAAAGGCAUUUUUUCUAAUCUGG